CGGAGAACAAACAGCAGAACAGAGUCAACUGAGUGACCCUCACAGGAUGAGGCCUCACUUCCAGGGAUUUUUGUGUAUUAUGUGCUCUCAGAUCCUCCACAUCACAUGCACCCUCUAGGCUUAUGUUUUGUUGGCCUUUGCUUCUAACUAUUCAUUUCAAAGCUUUCAACCACAGCAUGCUCUGAGUCUAUCCAUGACGUUGGCAACAUGACAACAUGUGGUACUUGUUUGGGUCAUUGCGCCAGUGCCAAUAGCUGCCAUCAUGUACCUCGAGCAGUGAAGUCUGCAUGCCAGAUGCCUUUGUCUGGACAGAGUUGAAAUGGUACUGGUCCUAGAUAUACCAUGCUUACAUGGAGUUAAACUAUAGGCUAUUUGUUAACACUUGACAUUAUGGUUGAGCCUACUUAAAAUUAUUUAUAAAAGGGUUUUAAGGGGUUUCAACUGUUAAUUAUUAGUUUAUAGAUAGGCAUAUAACUGUUGAAUACAUAUUUAUAAACUAACACAUUGGUUGAAAUGUUGUGCUUGUCAUUUAACUGCUUGCAAAAAAUUGCGUAAUAAUCGGGACUACAGAAAACAAGACAACGUUCAAUUAUAUUGUUAUUUUAUUUUUAGGAUGGGCAUGUCAUGGCAUGCUCAUGUCGAUAGGCAACCCCCCACACCUCUCUGAUUCAGAGGGGUUGGGUUAAAUGCAGAAGACACAUUUCAGUUGAAUGCAUUCAGUUGUACAACUGACUAGGUAUCCCCUUUCCUUGCCCAGUAUGUAUGUUGCCUCUAUGCUGUCAGCGGCUCCUAAAUCUAGAUAUUGCAACAUUCAUCUGUUUUCAAUGACUAGUAGCAAACUUUUUGGACUGACUCAUUCUAAGUGUAUAACUGACAAAUUAAACAAACUACUGUAUAUUCAGUUAAAACAGAAAAGAAACAACAUUUUAAAUAUUUAGUCUAUAGCCGAAGGUUCACAAUGAUUUUGGUGUAAUACAAGAUUGAGAACCACUUUGACGCGCCUACAAAGUGCCGUUUAUUUUGCCACUCCCCCCUCUUUUAUGUUGAAUGGAACAUCCUGAACUAGUCCCGACUCGCACUUGGGAGGAUUUUUUUUAUAAUUAACCCACUGGGGUAGGAAUAGACGUUGGGUGCAACUGAACUGACACCAGUACAGGGGGUACGGUACAUUCACUGUCGGUUCAGGUUGUAAAGUACAGUAAUAAUACAUUCCAGUGACAAAUGAAGUACCAGUGUUUUUACCUAUUGUUGCAGGGAUCACUUAACCAGCUAGUUAUUGGGAGAAGUUUGUUUCAAUCACCUUUCUCCAUCUUGAAAGACAAACGUGGCUUAAUUGGAAUAUAGGGGUCUCUAGUAUUUGGGUAUGCUUCCUCAUUCUGCGGUACAAGGACAGGAGAGCAGAGAGUAAAAAUACAUUAAUUCACCACAAAAGUCAUGUUGUACUGGACUGUACUGCCUGAUCGGAAAGUAUUGCUGUUGGUGACACUUCUAUGGGACUACCUCUGUGCUGAGGAACUGAAGCCCACGAGAUGGCCACUGUAUCUCCAAAAGCCUCUGGUCCUGGCCUGGAAUGCUCCGACCGAGGACUGCAGCCCGCGGCACGGUAUUCACUUUCAGCUGGAGCAGUUCCAGAUUGUGGCGUCGCCCAGCAAGGGCUUUGUCCGCCAGAACCUCACCAUAUUUUACAAGGACCGCUUGGGGUUGUACCCUUAUUAUAAUGAGCAUGAUGGUACUGUCAUGAACGGUGGGCUCCCGCAGGUUGCCAGUCUCACUCAGCACCUGGAGAAGAUGCCGGAGGGAAUUCAGUAUUACAUACGCGAAGCAGGGGCCAAGGGACUGGCAGUUAUUGACUGGGAGGAGUGGCGACCACUGUGGAUCCGCAACUGGGACGUCAAGAAUGUGUACCGCAACCAGUCAAGGCAGCUGGUGGCCCAGAAGAACCCAGCCUGGCCCGCAGAGCGUGUGGCUAAGGUAGCCCAGCAGGAGUUUGAGAUGUCAGCCCGGAAGUUCAUGCUGGAGACCCUGAGGCUGGCCAAGAGCCUGCGGCCCAACCAGCUGUGGGGGUUCUACUUGUUCCCAGACUGCUACAACCAUGACUACAGGAACACUCUGGAGAACUACACGGGCCGCUGCCCUGACGUGGAGGUGGCCCGGAAUGAAAUGCUCAAAUGGCUGUGGAUGGAGAGCACAGCCCUCUUCCCUUCGGUUUACAUGGGCACGGUUCUGCGCUCUUCGCCCUCGGGGCGCCGGUUUGUCCGGAACCGGGUGAAGGAGGGGAUGCGUCUGGCAUCAGGGGGAGACGGGCUGGCACGUCCUGUCUUUGUGUACGCCCGGCCCACCUAUGCCAACGUAUUGGAGCUGUUGACAGAGACGGACCUGGUCUCCACCAUCGGGGAGAGUGUGGCUCUUGGGGCUGCAGGCAUCAUCCUCUGGGGAGACCACGCUUAUGCAAGCAGCAAGGCCAGUUGCUCUAGUCUAAAUGAGUACCUGCGGGGUCCGCUGGGCCGGUACCUGCUCAACGUUACCACGGCAGCAGAGUUGUGCAGCCAGACGCUGUGCGAUUCCCUUGGACGCUGCCUGCGUAAACACCCUGAUACUGAUGCCUACCUGCACCUCAGCACCCGCUCCCACAGAAUAGAGCCCCUGGCAAAUGGAAAACUCAAGGUUCAAGGUCAGCUUGGGGAAGACGACAUAUUGGGCUUUCAGAGGGAGUUCCAGUGCCAGUGCUAUAGUGGCUACCAGGGAGAGGGCUGUGGCCAGAGAGACCCCCAACGACAACGAAGUGUCGCAGCUCCAAUCAUGGCUUCAUGGGUGCACUGUUUUCUCCUGCUACUCAUCACACUCCUGCUCUGAGUGCAAACAGUACAUACACAGGCAUACAGCUACAUUCAAAUAACUGAACGUGUACUGGUAUACACAUGACAUUAUCUACACACAUGUGCAAACAUUAUAUAAAUACACUUUGGGUCAAAUGUAUUCACUGUGGUCCAGAUUGCUGUAAGGUUGGUGGAUCUAUGUGGAACACAGAGUUAUGUGGUUGUUUGUGUGUUGAUUUUUUUCCCCCAUACAUUGGAGGGCUCGCUGGAAAUAACUUUGUUUACAUUGAUCUCUUUCUCAGUCUCCUUCCCACAAUAUAUCUCUCUCAACCCCCCCUCUUUCAAGGUGUCAUUUUCUCAUGAUCCCAAAGUUGAUGUUUUUGUAUGGAAAUGUGUGUUGUUUUCAAGAUGUGCUUCUGAUGUGUGUACGGUUUUGUGUUAUGUGUGAGGCAAAAUGGGGCCGAUGCACUUGAUUCUUGGAAUAGCACAAAAUAGUUCUUAUCACCUGACAUUUUUAUCUUUAGGUUUCAAUAUUUAUGUUAAUGUAUUUUCACGUUUGUUAAAAAGCUUUUGUAAUUUUAUGGCAAAACAAGACUACUAUUUUCGCUCCAAAA